AUGGAAGAAAAACGAGAUGAUGAAGAAUGCGCAGUUUAUAUUUACCCUUUGACAAAGAAUCUGACUUCAGAACACCUAAGAGAGAUUUUUGGCCACUUCGGAAAACUUAAAGAUGUAGAACUGAAUAAAUCCAACAAGGAGCAUUCGGAGGAUAGAUAUGGAGUCGUUUAUUUUGAGAAAUAUGGUGACGCCAAGUUCUCCAUAUUGCACCUAGACCAGGGGGAGAUAGACGGCACAAAGGUGAAAGUCACCCUUACGAAGCCGAAUUACUGA